AUGCCCUGUGGAAUCAUUUCCGAGCCGAGGGCAGUAGUUGCUGAGACCUCCGGUGAAUUUGAUCAUACAGGUGGAAAACUGAUAAUCCCUGAGCAUGGUGUGACGCUGGAAAUCCCUGUUGGUGCGCUUCCCGAAUCGUCGACGAAGCAGACGCUCUACUUACGGGUCUAUGACGGGAAGGAGGGGCCCUGCGGCAGUGACGUGGCUUCGGAGAGUGGAAAGCCGCAUAUCGUCAGUCCACUUGUGAUGUGCGGACCAAAGGGGCUUCAUUUUUUAAAACCAGUAGUUCUCACAUUGCCUCGCUUUCACACCCAUCGACGUGACCGCAGAGGUGAGGAAAUACGAUGCUGGGCCCUGUCAGUGAUGCAUGCGGCUACCCUGACGGACGCGAACUCCUCCUCGGAGAAUGAAACGGCAGCACAGGCUACACGCAGGUGGCAUGAGGCUCGUCCCGCGGACCCCUGGCUGGCUGGAGAGCGAACCCUGACCACCUUCAGGGAUACUGACAUUGACAGCGAUAGCAGUGCUGGGGUGACUUGCCAAAUUGCUGACAAGGUCAUCUCCCUACUCAUCUAUCAUUUCUAA